UAGCCUGAUCGACUUUAAAGUGAACUGUUUUAACGACGAACAUGGACAAAGUACAAAAGUUUUACCAUGUCACUUUACCUUUCUUUAAAACUAAAAUUACUAAUGGGCACAAAUUGAUCCCCCAGAUCCACAACCCAUCACAAGAGUGGAUGUGGCUUUUGGAUUCCAAAUACAAGAAUAAGAUUCCGAAAUUAGUUUGGUUCUGUGCAACGCUUUACAACGGUGACCUGCCAAACAUCUCUCCGUAUGGUAAGGAGCGCGUCAGGCUGCCCAUUGAUAAGCUUUUGAGACAACUUGGUGGCAAAGUCAACGUUUAUCGUGGAAAGGAUGCACAGGUCAACACCAACAAGUACAUCCGACUGAUGCUUGUCAAGGAAGGUGACUACUUUGAUUGCUUAGAACAUAUGGAAAAACUGAAUUUCGAAGACAAUGACUUGUUGAAGUUCAUUUCUGAUUCUGAGUUUGAGGUUGCUAAACGACCAAAUUGGGUGGAAAUAGCUUGCCCCUAUGAAGUUGAUGUUACAGAAGGUGAAUGGGAUACCCUUAACAAGUAACACAACAGAGCAAGGUGAAUGUCGUAAUGGAUAUUUCUAAGUGGAUGACGUCUUCUUGAGGAGUAAGACCAGUGGAUAACGACUACAUGAAAAACAAAGGACAUACGCUAUUGAAUUUAUUAUCAUACAUACAUAAACUGCCUUUUAAACUUUCUAUCAUCUGACUUUCGCGACAUUAGCACAGCUCGAACUACUCUUCUGUCUCACCUGAUCGACAUAUGACAAUGUCGAAAAUACCUCGGUUUCGUACAAUGUACAUGCAUUCUUGGGAAUUUCAUUAUGGACCCCAUGAGUUGGAGUUAUCUGGGCUGUAUUCAUUUCAAAUGACAUUAACGAUUGAAAUAUAAGCAUAGUCUCUUGUAUAGGUUACUAUUCAGCUUACAUCCCGUAGUGACCUUUCGGGCGGCAGAUUAUUGCAUAUUUACUAGUUAACAAUGAGUGACUGCCGUGAACUGAAAUCACGUGAUCUCUCAUGCUAACUUCAUGACAUCUUGCAUUGUUUAUGA